CUAAUACCUACGAACAGUGGUAGGCCGAAUGUAUCAGCAGAAUGAAGAAACGAGGCGUCGAAUCACCAUACCGAUCGCGUAGAGGGGCGAAUGGAACGAGGCAAUGUGGAAAGAGAGGGUUGAGAAGGCGACCGGGGGUUGGGCUGGCAACCCCCGUAGUCGGACGAGGCGCAAGGUAUAAAAUCAGACGUCGGAUACCUGGGGGCAUUCAGUGUCGAGCGAGAUACCGUGCUCUGCUCAGUAUCGCUUCAUCGGAUUCUGAUCACCGUGUGACCGAACGAUCGCCAUCGCAAUGAGAAAUCACCUAUUUGUAUUCCUGGUCGUUCUAAUAUUUUCCACCUCUUUCAACCUCUCCCAAUGUGGGCAAGGUCGGCGGUUGCAGUCUACCAAAGAGGGAGAAAAGUUAAAGUUGAAUGACAGGCGAGCUUCUGGUCUGAUGGCAUAUCCGAGGAUCGGUCGAUCCGACGUGCCGAUUCCUAACCUAAAUUUCAACCGUCGCCACGCCAACGAACCAGACACAGAUUUCCAAUUUUACAGCCCCGAGUUUGACUCCGUCUCCGACAAAGAUUACGAAGACGUUCGCAAUACAGCUCCCGGAUCCCUUGGGAGAUCGAUGAACCUUAAACACGCAGACAAAUUUCCAAAGGAAGCAUCAUGGUUGAUUUCAGAUCGUAUCCGUUCACCCAAAGAUUAUCAACUUUGGCAAAAGAUCGACGAUGGAAGAUUCGUUUAUCCCGGCUCGUUGCUACUCACUCAAGAUUCUCGAAACAUUCAACCGAGUGGUUACACGCCAAGACUUGGUCGUGAAAGCGACGUCGAUCGAACUGUCUGCAAAUGAUCUUCGAGGAUCUUCAGCUGCGACUCCAUGGAACUCACGCGAUCUGACCUAACCUAUCUCUAGCCGGUAACCAGCUACCCUCGGCGAUGUCAGACCUAACCUUCCUUUAAUAUUACCAGAAGGUUUUACAAACAACAAAACUACGAGUCGAUUCUGCGUGUAACACACAACUGCGAGAAAUAUUGUUCGUAGAGAAUUUAUAGAAGAUUGUUCUACAUGUAAAGCGGUCCAUAGAAUUUUCGCUGACACACGAACGGGUAAUAAAGCUGGUGAAACGAU